CUGAGCUCUCGGCGGCUGCCAACCCGGCCCCCGCCCGCCAUGAGGAGCGCGCACCAGCUUGUCCUGUUCUCCCUGUUCGUCCUUUGCGGGCGCGGGGACUGUCGCAUGGCCAAUGCUGAGGAGAGGCUGAUGGAUGACCUUCUGAACAAAACCCGCUACAACAACCUGAUCCGCCCAGCCACCAGCUCCUCACAGCUCAUCUCCAUCCAGCUGGAGCUCUCCCUGGCCCAGCUCAUCAGCGUGAAUGAGCGGGAACAGAUCAUGACCACCAACGUCUGGCUGAAACAGGAGUGGACUGACUACCGCCUGUCCUGGAACAGCUCCCGCUAUGAGGGCGUGAACAUCCUGAGGAUUCCCGCAAAGCGCAUCUGGUUACCUGACAUUGUGCUGUAUAACAACGCCGAUGGGACCUAUGAGGUGUCUGUCUACACCAACGUGGUGGUCCGCUCCAAUGGCAGCAUCCAGUGGCUGCCCCCUGCCAUCUACAAGAGCGCCUGCAAGAUCGAAGUGAAGCACUUUCCCUUCGACCAGCAGAACUGCACCCUCAAGUUUCGCUCCUGGACCUAUGACCACACGGAGAUCGACAUGGUCCUUAUGUCACCCACGGCCAGUAUAGAUGACUUUACUCCCAGUGGUGAGUGGGACAUAGUGGCCCUCCCAGGGCGAAGGACGGUGAACCCACAGGACCCCAGCUAUGUGGAUGUGACCUACGACUUCAUCAUCAAGCGCAAGCCGCUUUUCUACACUAUCAAUCUCAUCAUCCCCUGCGUGCUCAUCACGUCGCUGGCCAUCCUGGUCUUCUAUCUGCCAUCCGACUGCGGGGAGAAGAUGACACUGUGUAUCUCCGUGCUCCUGGCACUCACGUUCUUCCUGCUGCUCAUCUCCAAGAUCGUGCCACCCACCUCCCUUGAUGUGCCACUCAUCGGCAAGUACCUCAUGUUCACCAUGGUGCUGGUCACCUUCUCCAUUGUCACUACCGUGUGUGUGCUCAAUGUGCACCACCGCUCACCCAGCACCCACACCAUGGCGCCCUGGGUCAAGCGCUGCUUCCUGCACAGGCUGCCCACCUUCCUCUUCAUGAAGCGCCUUGGCCUCGACAACAGCCCGGCCAGGGCCCCCCCACCCAGCCAGUUGUACCUGACUAAGACUGAGGCGGCCACCACCUCUGCCAUGGGCCCUGCCAGUCCCUCCAACCUCUAUGGGAACUCCAUGUACUUUAUGAACCCUACCCCUGCAGCUCCCAAAUCUCCAGCUGGCUCCCACUCAGCAGGCAUCCCCAGAGAUUUCCGGCAGAGGUCCUCUGGAAGGUUCCGGCAGGAUGUGCAGGAGGCUUUGGAGGGUGUCAGCUUCAUUGCCCAGCACAUGAAGAGUGAUGAUGAAGACCAGAGUGUCAUUGAGGACUGGAAAUACGUAGCCAUGGUGGUCGACCGGCUGUUCCUGUGGGUAUUCGUGUUCGUUUGUGUCCUGGGCACUGUGGGACUCUUCCUCCCUCCCCUCUUCCAGACCCACACACCUUCUGAGGUACCCUAGACUGCCCAGCACGUCCAAGAACCCCCUGGGCUGUGGGGUGAGAUGAGGUGAGCAGCCAGGUGGGCAGUUCACUGCUUCCUUCUGGGUCACAGCUGAUGAGGCCCUAAAUAAAAAUCUGACCAUCAGCUAUGAAUCCAUCAAACCAGCCACAGCCACCAGAGGGCAAGGAUGGGGUCCUGUCCUUUCUAAACACCUCUGAGGAAGCCCUGGCAAGAGGGGGCUUCAGUUUAAUUCCCGCCUGUCUUCCUUCCAUGCACCUGGCACUGGUGUAAGACAAGCAUACUAAUAGCACCUACAGUGUGCCAGGCUUCUUGCCCACAUCCCAGCCUACCUCUCCACCCCAAUCUGUCUCCAUCUUCUCUUGUCCUCUAGGCUUACUAGCCUUCUUUCAGUCCCCCACAUAUGUCUAGAUCCUUCCCACCUCAGAGCCUUUGCAUCUACUAUACCUCCUUCCCUAAUCUUCUCCCCACCCCUGUGCUUCCUGAGCUCUUCCCAAAACUUCAUCAAUCAGGAUUCUGCUACCAUGGUCUUCUGCUCCAAUGUCACCUAAAGGCUGUUCCCAUUCCAGAACAGCCUCCCCAGGAACCAUGUUAUCCCACCACCAUUCUCGAGCCCCCUUCAGUACAUGCAGUUAUUUGGCAGCACGUUUAUGGUUCGCACCUCACCAACUGGUGUGGGCUUCAUGAGAGCAGAGGUCUGCUCCUUCAGGUUUGCUCCAGG